CUUGACCAACCAGCCCACCCCUGACGCCACCGGUAACUGCGAGAGAUUGGGUCUGUGCGGUCUGCGAGUCUGUCGGUCCCUGGAGCUGCGGUCCUCUGCUAGCCUGAUCCGCAGCUUCAGCCUCCACCGCCUCCACGGCCCUCGGCGCCGCCGCUGGCGCCGCCGCCCGACCCACAGGCCGCCGCGGGCCGCAGAGCCCAUGAGGGCGCGGGCACCGCCGCCGCCUCUGCGGCGUCGCCGUCGUCGCAGAGCGCCCCGAGCUGGCGCCGGCAUGGCCGCGGCAUGAGCGUGGAGCCGCCGCCGGAACCGGAGAAGAAGGCGGCGUCGGAGCCCGAAGCGGGAGCCAUGUCGGAGAAGCGCGCGGGCGCGCAGGCCGCUGGCAGCAGCUGGCUACAAGGCUUUGGCCGACCGAGUGUGUACCAUGCUGCUAUUGUCAUCUUCCUUGAAUUCUUUGCGUGGGGCCUGUUGACAACUCCAAUGUUGACUGUUCUACAUGAAACAUUUCUUCAACAUACAUUCCUCAUGAAUGGUCUCAUUCAAGGUGUAAAGGGCCUGCUCUCUUUUUUGAGUGCCCCACUCAUAGGUGCCCUGUCUGAUGUGUGGGGGAGGAAGCCCUUUCUCCUCGGCACUGUAUUCUUUACCUGCUUCCCAAUCCCACUGAUGAGGAUCAGCCCAUGGUGGUAUUUUGCAAUGAUUUCUGUGUCUGGAGUCUUCUCGGUCACGUUCUCUGUUAUAUUUGCCUAUGUAGCUGAUGUCACUCAGGAGCACGAGCGAAGUACAGCUUAUGGAUGGGCAUGCUAAUGGUGUUAUGGUUAUGUAGAAGAAAGACUUCUUAGAAGAUGGCUCAAGCAUUUUACAUCAGUGUCAGGACUCUUCAGGUUACUUUCGGAUGGUUCAGCAGGAAAGAUAGCAUAGCAUAUUGAUGUGGAUAUGGAUGCACAUGUGUGGGCAUACACCUGAACCUGUGAGACAUGAAGUAUGCUUUGUAUUCUCCCAUCUUGCUCUGUGUUUGAAAAUAUUCAGAAUAAGAAGAUGGAAGAAGAAAGAUGAUCUCACCAAGUUGUGGGGAAUUAGGUGGGAGAGUGAAUAGUAGGGAGAUUGAAUGCCAGAAACUCAGGUUAUUUAAUCUCCUUUUCCUGAGUCUUUUUCUUUUAAAUCUACUUCAUGGAGUAGAUUAAGUUCUCAUUCAUUGCUGACUGAAUGAAUAACUUCCUGAAUCAAUGAUGGGCAUAUAAAUGAGUUACUGUUCCACAAAACACAACAAUUUUUACUUUGCUGACUUCAGACAUCAGUAGUUUGAAACCUACUCUUUCAUCCCCACUUGUGACUCUUCUGCCUUCUCUCUCUGUUUGCUUCUUCUCUCCACUCCUGAAUGUCCCCUUCAUGCCAUGCCCUAAAACAGGGGCAUCUCUAGAGCCGUGUUGGAGGACAGAGAUAGAAGCUGAUUGGAAGUCCUCAAAGAAGACAGGAUUUUGGGCUCACUCAUGAACACCAAAAAGAAAAACAAAAAAUUUCCCCCAAAACCCCAAAAAUUAACAAACAGCCCCCCCAAAAAACAAAAAAAGAAGGGAGGUUGUUCAUGUUCAAGGUGUGCCCAUAAGGCUUGGCCAACAGAGUAGUGGGGGAUGGCUUUCUUCUACAGCAUGGGAACUACCUGUUGAGAUAUUCAUUUUUCUGCAAUUUUAUUGGAUUUUUGUUCCUCACUUUCAGCUGGAAAACCAUUCACAUAGCUGUUGUGCUGAGGAGUAGUAGUUUCAGGAAAGAUUUCAGAGAGAGAGUUCUAACCAGUAGGUGUGGACUUAAUUAUCCUCUCCAGCUCAGCUCCUCGUUGUAUAUUGGCAGUUAGGAUUCAUGUCUGCUCAUAGGGGCACUGAGAGAAAUCAGUGAACGUGCAUAUCCAGACUGAGACAACACUCAGUUGAAGUGUGCUCCCAGCCAACUAAGCAACUUGGCAUGCAAGGCUGCCUGGAUUGCAGUCUACUUAUCUUCCAGAUAUAGGAGAAUUUGUUGCCAAUUAAUUACCGGAUAUGUCAGUCAAGUUCUAAGGAGCAUUUUGAAAUCCAUUAAAGAACAAUAUAAAAUAUGUGCACCUUCCUUACUGAAACGUCUUCAGUAAACUAAGAAAAUGCUAAUUAUUUCAGGACUGCAGCAAUGAUUAGUCAUAUUAAUAAGUGAGUUAACACUAAGAGUUUGUUGUGGUGAAGUCAUUCUUUAGAUAUAUUCAUCAGAGUUGUAUUGAAUGUUAAGUGAAAGAGGAGUUUAGAUAAAAACACAAACUAAGCAAGUAGGCUGCUUUAGGCUUUAAGAUAGACACAUUUUGCAUAGAAUUUCAUGAGGCCAUAAACUCUUUCAUACCUGAAAGAUGCUGCAGCAGUGCUCCCAUAGCGCCCAAGGAUGCUUCAGCAGUGCCUCCUUAACACCUGAGAAGAGUGUAGGAGUGUUCCCAUAACUGUUUGCAUGUUGUUGCAGUUUAUAAUGCAGUUAUUUGGUUGCCCUGAUGUUCUUACAUAUAUAGGAUUGUUGAAGCAGGAAGACCUGAGAACAAGAGCUUUGUCUUCUUCAUCUGGUACAUAGUAAAUAUUGAAUGAUUUCUGUUCCCCCAGUUGGAAUUCUCCACAUUCUUUUAUCCCUCCAAAAAUGUUUGAUUUUUAGCUUCUGUAGUACUUUUAGUAUAAUACUAAUUUCAGAUAUAUUGUGUUUUUAUAUUCAGUUGGGAGAUGAUGGAUAAAGAAAGAAUGUCAUUGGCUUGCCAGAAUUCUUCUGAUUUCUAAUAAAAUCCAUUAGAAGUUUAAAAAGCUAACUUAAAGAUAUGCUUUUGACAUUUAGUGUGGAAUUACAAUUUGGAGUUUGCCAAGUAAGCAUCUGAACAUUCAGGCUGUGUUCUAAAAUAAAGUGGACAGUUCACAUGCUUAUACGAAUGCAAUGUGCAGGGGCUCACUGUGGCUUCAGGUUGUGGGUGUGCUCAGCUGACUCUGUGGUCUUUAUCUGGACAGGGUCAGGUGGUGGCAAGAGAGACAGAAAUCUACAUCUGCGUAGUCAAAAAGCUUUAACUUCCAUCUCAACAAAUUCUUUUUUGUUGUUAGAGUUUUUUCACUAAGAAUAACAGAGGGUUUUCCUCCCUUCUCAAUGCUAAUGAAAUGACCACCAAAUGAUAAAAUGUUUAAACAGUGCAGUAUUUUUAGAAGAUGAAAUCAAGCACAGUCCCUGCCUAAUUUGUGGAUUUUAUCAGUCCUGCAGGAAUUUUUUUCAUACUGUCUUACAUCCCCAGCCCCCAGUUAAAGAAGACCAAAGAGCUGAUGUUUUAUUUGUGGGGAAGGUUUUUACAGUUUUUAUUUUUAAUAAGAUAAUCAUUUUUUACUCUUGUAGCUCUGCAGGGUAUCUUCAGUUAGUUAAUAGUUUGUGAACACAUUCUUAAAUGAAAAUUCUCUUUCAUUCUUAAAAUUUAUAUGCAGUACAUUUCUUUUGUCUUACUUAAAGCCGGGAAAGCAUGGCUGCAGGUAUGCACCUGUGGGAUCCUGGUUGAAUGUGCUUUCCUGAAGGUGUGCACCUGCAGUAGGCGGGAUCUGGGUAAGGAUAUGCUUUCCCCACGGGCGUUCACCUGUGGGACCCUGGGUGAGAGUGUAC